GACGCGCGCGCGGAAACAUGCGCUUGCGAUAGCGGCUCACUAUUAGCGCCAGUUCUCUAUUCCUGGAUCGCGCUAUAACUAUUUUUUGUGAAAUGUGUAUAUAUAGCGUAAAUUGUGAAUAUCAAUAGUGAAAAUUAAAUUCGUGAAACGUGAAAUUAGGUGAACUAAUAAAGAUACAAGAUUACCACUUCCGGCGGAAACAAUCAGCGCCUGUUUGGAGAGCUUCCAACGAUGUCUUCUGUAUGUGAAAAUAUAUUAUCAAUAAAUGAUGACGUCACAAUGUAUGAUUAUGAAUCAAACAAAAGUACUGAUGAAGUGACUACUGUGGGCAAUUCUAAAUCUGAUUAAAGAACGAAAAAGGAACUUAUGGAUAAAAUAAUAGAACACAAUGUGAAAUAUCGUGAACAUAAACACAACGAAAGUGGGGAUGUAAAAGUUUUAGUGAUACACAGUGAAAAUGAAACGAGAAGGUGUUAUAGUGUACUUAGUGGUGAUAUUGACGCUGAUUAGAACCAGUUUGGAGAUUGUAGAAUCAAAUAUUAUUCAAGUUUGGUCAGCUCCAGGAGGAGAGACACGACUUCCUUGCGACCUGGCAGCAUCAGCCAGAGACGUGGCUAUGAUGAUGUGGUUUAAAGAUGGUGACAGAAUGCCGAUAUACACAAUAGACUUUCGUAACGGGGCUCCCAUUCACUGGGCAGUGGCUGGCGAGUUCGGGACCAGGACUCACUUCGCUCUUAACGAGUCUGAUCCUUCCUCAGCUCAUCUUGUUGUGACCAAGGUGACGGGCUAUGAUGAAGGGGUGUACAGGUGCAGAAUAGACUAUGUUGACUUUCCCACCAGAAAUUACAGAGUAAACUUAACAGUUGUUGUACCUCCUGAUUUACCAAAAAUAUUUGAUGGUGAUGGCAAGGAAAUAACAGGAAACAUGGCUGGACCUUUUAGAGAAGGACAAAAGCUGAAAUUGAUUUGUCGAGCUCCAGGAGGUAAACCUCCACCAGACAUCGCUUGGUAUCACGGCGACGAGCGUCUCUCAAUAGCAAGAGACUCCUCAGUGUGCCAGCUGAGUAUAGCAGCUUUGUCGAGGGAGAUGAGCGGCGCCAAGUUGCGGUGUCGUGUCAGUCCACCAUUACUGCAGAUGCAAGCACGUGACGUCAUUCUGAAGAUGUACUUGAAACCUCAAUACGUUCGUAUUACCGGCGGCGGGGCGACCCGAGCGAGCCAUGAGCGAUCCUUCGUGUGCACCACUCGAGGUUCCAAGCCACCUCCAAACAUAGACUGGUUUAUCAACGCACAGAAGAUCGACUCUGCGUUGACUCAGAUGGAAGUAGAAGGAGAGUUGACAAGGAGCAUUCUAACGUGGAAGGUGAGAAGAGAAGACAGUGGACGUGAGCUGGUGUGCCGUGUCUCCAACCCAUGGUUUCCAGCGUACACACUUGAGGAUUCUAUUAUGCUUGAAGUUUUAUAUCCACCGAUUCCUCAAAUAUCUCUGAUCGAACCGAAAGAGCCUCGGCUGCUUCGUGAAGAUGAAGAUGCUGUUCUUUUAUGUUCUGCUGAUGCAUCUCCACCAGCGUAUAAUUUCUCUUUCUAUAAAGAUUUUGAGGAUCAUCUAGUUCGGGACGACCCUAUCGGUGGUAUAUCUGUGGAAGGACCAAAGAUAUAUCUGCGGGGGUUGAGACGACAUCAUUCCACGAGGUAUAAAUGUCGAGCGUGGAACUCCGAAGGCAGUGGACUGAGUGAACCAAUCAGUAUUAAUAUUUUAUCGCGACCAGAAUGUUCGGCUGGUAGCGUCGUGCAGCAGUUGGCUGGUGCACCAGGUGGAGAAGUCAGGGCCCGAUGCUCUGUCAGUGCUCCAUCAACGAGAGAUGCAGGCCCUUUGAGGUUCUAUUGGACGUACAAUGGCACCAAGGAUGUUCUGCCGAUACCAGCUUCUAAUGUCACUGUGAUGGGAUCGACCAGCAGUGUCAUCCAUGGUCUGCCGCAGCUAGAUAGUGACCAGGAUCUUGGUUGGCUAGCUUGUUGGGCCAGUAAUGAUGUUGGAAACCAGCGGGAACCGUGUCUCUUCAGGAUAAUGCCUGCAGCUUAUCCUGAACCACCAAAUAACUGUGAGGUGGAAGAUGGGUUUAUCCGGUGCGAGCCUGGCCAUGAUGGCGGUUUGCCACAGCGCUUCAUCCUAGAGGCGUUGGAGGUACGCCAGCACGAACCUGUUCGGAACCAACUAGACGCCACCAUGAACGACCAGGGUAUUUCUGGACGGGGUCUUACAGAAGCAGUCUACCGGGCUAGCAAUGAAGUGACUCCCCAAUUUCCUCUGGAUGCUUUAUCACCUGGACGAUACACAUUCCUGAUAUAUUCGGAGACGCCACGAGGAAGGUCACUCCGACCAGCUGCCUUGCACAGCAUUCCGAUACGAAAUUUUGAAGCAGAAGUUGAUUCACCAGAUUCUCUUCAAACAAUGACGCCACCUCCUCCUCAAGCGGUCAGUCCAGACAACAGCGUAGCCUUGCUCGUGGGCGCGUCACUAGCUCUAGUGCUUUUAACAAUAUUGACAACACUCUGCGUGUCGAUUGUUGUAAUGUGCAAAAAAAAAUCCCGGCCAAGACAAACGGAGGAAAGUGGGACAAGCAGAAGAAAUGUUGGUGUAUCGAUGUACGGCACAUCACUAUCGCAAAGUAUAGUACCGACAGUGGUAGUGAGGGGACACAGAGGUUCGAGAGUGUUAGCAGCUCGUUGGUCUGGCGUACUUGAGGACACACCACUAGCUGUUCUAGCGUUGGAUGCACGACAAAAUGCAGAUACAGAUUCCGGACACAGCGACGGAGACAUAAACGAAACCGAAUUAAUUACGCACGAGAACAUGGAGACACAAACUGAACCAUGAAUGAUUCUCUCUGCUUGUUGUUUUGAGUUGUUUUAAGAAUAGUGUGUUGAACUCUUGUCAAAAAUUAUAUUUGUUUUGUGGAAAGUUUCACUUCUGAAACUUAGGCAACUGUUUGACAGAAGUUAGUUCGUGUUUAAAUGGUUGUCGAGAACUAAAUAUUCCGAAUAUGAUCAUAAAAUGAGAUGACUUUUUUCAAAUGAAAAUGACAUACAUUUGAAUCAGCUGCCGGUCAUAGUGUCGGCAAAAGAAGCACUCGAGACGAUAAGAAAAAAAAAUUUUUUCCCAUUCUUACCUUCAUACUGCUGAAACACAUAAUCACAGACACCAUGUCGCGACAUGCCACGAUACGACAUUUUAUCUACGAUGCCCAGUGAUACACAUAAGAUACUGGGUAUAUAUAUCCAACAGUUUAAUUGCUUCCAUUUUUAUUAAACCUGCAGUUUGUAUAAAUCAUAUUCCUAGACUUUUAGCAGUUCCUUUUGCUUUAGGUAAGGCAAUUCACUCCUUAUCCGUGGUCCCCUGUAAUGCGACAUGCGAUACAUGGAGGAAAAAAUUGAGGCGUUGUAAUAAAAGUUUCACUUUAAUAAAAUUUAUUAAGAUCUUUAGCUAAUAACAGAAAUAGAUACGCUAUGUAGCCGUUCAAAAACCACCAGUUACCUAUUUCAUUAUAGUCCGACAACUUCAUGCGCGACCGUCCCACGGGGUGACAGACGGUUGCAGGGCGGGGUACUGAAGAUGUCAGCGGGUAGCGGGUACCGGCAGUCUCACGCGUUUCCCUUCCCCGCAACACCACCGUCUGUUACCGCGUGGCACGGUCGCGCACGUAGUUGUCGGACUAUUAUUUUCCCCCUUCCAAAAUAGUACUUAGUACACUAUUGCUUGUAGGCAAAAAGAAGUUCCGCUGUAGUACUUCACGUCCAAUAGACAUUCCCCACUGGUGUGGGGUUAAAAUCUAUUUGAAUAAUAUACUACAAUAUUCAAACGUUCUGUAUAUAUUAAACAUUUUAACGCCACCUAUGAAGGCCACCGUUAAAAUGUAGACGAGUCUGCAUUAGUUUCGAGUAUCAAAUUUAGUUUGUCUCCUUAUAAUAAAAAAAUAUCUAAUAUUAGCCAUUAAUACCAAAGCGUAGUCUAAUGCUAGGAACUGUAUUAUAUUAUUAUAAGCCGAAGUUAUUUUAUUUAUUUAAUACCGCUGUUAUUUGAAAACAGUAGAUAUUUUUAAUUACGGGUAUUAUUAUACAUUUCUGUUUCUCUAAGUGUCAUUAAUGUAAAAAAGACAUAUUUAAAAAUACUUUUUUAAGAAUCUAAAUGGGUUUUCAUAUACAUUUCCAAAUUUUAACAUACAAUAUUUGUAUAAAUUAGUUCUUAAACUGGCUUUUCGUUUAGAUUACUAUGAAUAUGAUCAGGGGCGACAAAAAAAUGCCGGAAAAAUUAUUUUAAAGCUUAACGCGUUCUGAUUCGUAAAAAAGUAUUUUAUUUAAAAAUGUGUGUGAUAGUUAUGUUACAAGAAUAUACUACUUAACAAUAAAAUUUAAUAUCUCCAUUAAUAAAUAUUUUAAUGUAAAUUUUAUACAAAAUUCUAGGAAAUAGUAUAAAUUUGUAAGCAGACAACUACUUGUAAUGUUAAAUUACAUUGCCUGGAAAAAAUAUAAAUAUAUUUUGUGUAAUUAUUUUUAAAUGGUAUGAUGUAUACGUUUUAGUAUCACAUUUCAUUGUAAUGUAAAACUGGUACCUAAAUAAAUUUAUAUUUCUUUAAAAA